CGCGAAAUCAAACUCUCCUAGGCUUCUCAGGCCACUGCAAUGAGGAAGUGUUCCGGUGUGAUCUUCAUCAUCUUCCUCGCUGCCUUUCUCUUCCUCCUCUCGCCGUCUCCCUACACCACCCCUCGCCCGGCCACCGCCGCUGACGGCCCAAUCCCCCACCUCCUCCCCUCCCUCCCGGGACUCUCCAGCCUCUACCCGCCCCCCGCGAACUCCACCGCGCACCUCUCCUGGCGCCUCCUCCGUCCCAUCCUUUCCCGCUCUGAUGCCAUCCCCGGCACUGCCGCGGGCGUCCUCGAGGCCGCCGAUGCCUGGCGCAACCUCACCCUCGCCCUCGCGGCUGCGGCCGCAGCUCGCAGCAACAAAGGGCCCCUCAACGUGACCUGCUCGGCGUCCGUGGAAGGGGAUCUGCGCACGCGUGGAGCCAGGAUCCCGUGUGGGUUCGUGGAGGGUUCUGCGGUGACGGUGGUGGGAGUGCCCAAGCAGGGGGCGGCCGGGUUCCGGGUGGAGAUGGUGGGAGGAGGCGGCGAGGUGGUGGCGUGCUUCAAUGUGAGCCUGGGGGCGGCGGGGAUGGUGGUGGAGCACAAUUCUUGGACGCCCGAGGAGGGCUGGGGGGAGUGGGAGCAGUGCCCGCCUCUUGGUGACGUCGCCAGCAAUAGUAGUUGGCAGCUAAGUCCGGUCGAUGGGCUUGUCCGUUGCAAUCAGCAACUGGGUGCCAGCAUCAUCCAGGGGAGUAACAAUACCAUGCAGAAUGUUACGGGGAACAAGCCUGAAGAUGAGAAGAGGCCAAAAGGACGUGCACAUUUCAGUGGCAGUUUCCCAAUUGUUGAAGGAGAGCCUUUUACAGCAACAGUGUGGGCAGGCGCUGGGGGCUUCCACAUGACAGUAAAUGGGAGGCAUGAGACGUCAUUUGCGUACAGAGAGAGGUUGGAGCCAUGGCUAGUAGCAGAAGUCAAGGUUUCUGGGGAUUUGGAGCUCCUCUCUGUCUUGGCUAGUGGAUUGCCAGCUUCAGAAGAUGCAGACAUGGCAAGUGUUGAGCUUCUGAAGGUGCCACCUCUUCCAAAGAAGCGAAUUUUUCUACUCGUUGGUGUUUUCUCUACUGGAAACAACUUCAAGCGCCGGAUGGCUUUGAGGCGAACAUGGAUGCAAUAUGAGCCUGUCCGCUCAGGCGAAGUAGCAGUGCGGUUUUUCACUGGUCUUCAUAAGAAUGAACAAGUCAAUAUGGAAUUGUGGAGGGAAGCUCAACUCUAUGGUGAUAUCCAGUUUAUGCCAUUUGUUGACUACUAUACCUUGAUCACUCUAAAGACCGUUGCAAUUUGUACAUUUGGGACCAAAAUUAUGCCUGCAAAGUACAUCAUGAAAACGGAUGAUGAUGCUUUUGUUAGGAUUGAUGAGGUCAUUGCCAGCCUAAAGAAAAGCGCCCCCCAUGGGCUUUUGUAUGGUCUUAUUUCUUUCCAGUCUUCACCACACAGAGACAAGAAUAGCAAAUGGUUUAUCAGUCAAAAGGAAUGGCCUGUCGAAGCAUAUCCGCCAUGGGCCCAUGGUCCUGGAUACAUAAUUUCAAGGGACAUUGCAAAAUUUGUUGUCCGGGGUCAUCAAGAACGAACUCUUAAGCUAUUCAAACUCGAAGAUGUGGCGAUGGGCAUAUGGAUCCAGCAAUACAAAGACAGCGGCCAGGAAGUGAACUACAGAAGUGAUGACCGCUUCUACAGCGAAGGCUGUGAGUCAUACUACGUUCUUGCGCAUUAUCAGAGCCCAAGGCUUAUGAUGUGCCUGUGGGAGAAGCUCCAGAAAGAAUCUGAACCAGAAUGCUGUGAGUAGCUUCUGCAUCAGCAUUAGCAAAUACGGCGGUCAUUCGAGGAUGUGACAGAUUAGUCUUCUUUUUGUUGUACAAUAUAUUACCAGGAUUUUUAUGUUUGGUAGGAAGUUUGUUCAGGCUCUGUUGUAGCACUUGUAAUAUUAGGCGCUCAGCAUUGUUUUUGUUCUGAUCGAUGGUUGCAGUUUCACCGAGGAAAAUGUUGAGCUGUGUACACGGACGUUCUCAAACGAGAGUUGUAAAUCAAUGAGAGUUGUAAAUCAAGAUACUUGCAAAUUGGAAAGAUCUUCAGUUUUCAUCC